UUGAAACACAAUCAAAUCUAUCAAAAAUCAAAUUCCCCUUUUUCUCUUUCUCUCUCCCAAAACACAACCUCUGAUAGGGUUUAGUCCAAGGUUCUUCUGUCAAAACAAUAACACACUCUGUUAUCAUUGAUAUCAAUCAAUAAAUCAAUCGAAUAAAUAAUUAAAGAUGCAACAGUCACCACAAUCGCAACCCCAACAACAACCACCCACCUUAAACUCUGCUCCUGCUUUUGUUCCCAAUGCUAUCACUACCGAACAGAUUCAAAAGUGUCUUGAUGACAACAAAAAUCUGAUCUUGGCCAUCUUAGAAAAUCAAAAUCUUGGCAAAUUCCAGGAAUGUGCUCAGUAUCAAGCCGUUUUACAAAAGAAUCUAAUGUACUUGGCUGCAAUUGCUGAUGCUCAACCACCAGCACCAACACCACAAGCAUCAAAUCCGUCACAAAUGGCACCAAAUUCUAUUCCUCAGCAGGCAAACAAUUACAUGCAGCAGCAACAGAUGCAACAGCAGCAGCAGCAGCAGCAGCACCAACAACAGCAACAACAGGCUGCAGCAGCAUCAGCAGCCUCUCAGCAGUCUCAGCAAGGUGGCGUUUCAAAACUGCCCUUCCAACUUAAUGCCCUACGGCCGCAAGAUCAGCAGCAGCAAUUACUCCAAUUUCAGCAACAUCAACAGCAACAAAUGCAAGCACAGAUGGGCAUGAGGGCUGGUGCCCAGAAUGGGAUGCUAGGUAUGCAUCAAGCAAUGCAAUCUGCAAUGGCUGGAAAUCCGAUGGAUGGCCGCGGAAUGAAGCAAGACGGAUCCGAAGCAGCUUCUGGAGGUGAUGGACAAGGCAAAUCACGGUCGUGAGAUGGGGCAUCCAUAGCAGCUUCUGGCGGUGAUAGACAACGCAAAUCACGUUCAUGAGAUAGGGCUGCGUACGCUUUUCUGAUGUACUUUUUGAUUUGCUGGGUCAGGGUGUAAGUUGGAAAACAAAAAAGUGGUGGCAUCAUUUCGUUUAGUUGGUCUGUUGUUCUAGUAUCUUUAGUUGUAUGCAACUUGGCCAUGUAUCUUUUCCGUAAGGGUCGGAAGUCAAAAGAAGUGACCUUAUUAUCGCCUUCCUCGUAAA